UCUGAUGACGCGCUGCCGGUGCUGCCGCCCUGUCUCCUCGCGGCCGCGCGGCGUGUCGCGUGCCCCGAGCCUCCGCCGGCAGCCCGGGCCCGGCCCCGCGCCAUGGCCGCCUACAAGCCUGUGGCCGUCCAGGCGUGCCCCAGGCUCGGCGAGAGGAUCACGCAGGACACGCUGUACUGGCGGGGAUACAAGACGCCUGUUCAGAUAAAGGAAUUCGGUGCAGUAAAUAAAAUUCACUUCUCUCCAGUCCCACCGUACAACUACGCUGUCACAGCAUCCUCGAGGAUCCACAUCUAUGGCCGAUACUCCCAGGAGCCCAUCAAGACGUUCUCUCGAUUCCGGGACGCGCCGUACUGUGCCACCUACAGGGACGACGGGCGCCUGCUCGCCGCCGGCAGCGAGGACAGCAGCAUCUGCCUCUUCGACGUCAGCGGCAAAGCACCGCUCAGGCAGUUCGAGGGUCACACCAAGCCAGUUCAUCUGGUCGGAUUCCUGUCUGAUAAAUAUCGAAUAUUUUCUGGUGGUGAUGAUUAUUCAUCAAAACUGUGGGAUAUUCCAAGUGCCACAGAAAUCAUCUCUUACAGUGAACAUACUGACUAUGUGAGAUGUGGUUGUGCCAGUAAAGUGAAUGUAGAUGUCUUCAUAACAGGUUCCUAUGAUCACACUGUGAAACUGUUUGAUGCACGAACAAAGAGUAGUGUCAUGACGAUAGAGCAUGGCCAUCCUGUGGAGAGCGUGCUUCUCUUUCCAUCUGGUGGACUUCUAGUAUCUGCAGGAGGUCGAUAUGUCAAAGUUUGGGAUGUACUAAAAGGUGGACAGUUACUAGUUUCACUUAAAAAUCACCAUAAAACUGUGACUUGUUUGUGCCUGAACAGCUCUGGACAAAGGUUAUUGUCAGGAUCCCUUGACAGGCAUGUAAAGAUCUACAGUACUACAUCCUACAAAGUGGUCCACAGCUUCAACUAUGCAACAUCCAUCCUCAGUCUUGCUUUGUCACCUGAGGAUGAAACCAUAGUUGUAGGCAUGACCAAUGGGGUGCUAAAUGUUAAACACAGAAAACCAGAAGAAAAGAGUGAAAACUCUCAAAAGAAGAGACAACCAGCAUAUAGAACCUAUGUGAAAGGAAGAAGUUACAUGCCAAAACAGGAAGAUUUCUGUGUCAGUAAACCUGUAAAACGUGUUUUGAGAAAAUAUGAUAAGCUGCUGAGGAGCUUUCAGUCUUCCAAGGCUCUUGAUGCAGUACUGGAGCCACCCAUCAUGCUUCAUACCCCUGAAGUCACGGUUGCAGUUAUGCAGGAACUACAUCGCAGAGGAACACUGAGAAGUGCACUUGCAGGCCGAGAUGAGAAGCAAGUUAAUCUCCUGCUUACCUUCGUGGCAAGGCGUGUGAUUGAGCCUAGAUUUACUCCUGUGCUGGUGAUUGUUGCCGAUAUGAUCACUGACAUUUAUCAGCCUGUGGUUGGGCAGUCAGCAAUAGUUGAUAAACAAUUCUUGAAACUCCAGCAAGCUAUCGGAAAAGAAAUUGACUAUCAAGAAGAGCUACUAGAAGUUUUAGGAAUGAUGGAUACACUGUUUGCUACUUUUACUAAGAAAAGAGAUACGUGUCUAGAAGAGAACAAAAGUAAUGGUGUCACGGAGAUCAUUGAAACAAAUAGGAGUUACUGACACCCAUCUGAACAAAUUGGCACGAUUGUGAACUUGAAAGACAUGACCUGUUCUCCUUCUUAUAAUAGCGACUCCUUCACUUCUUAUAAUAGUGACUUUCAAAAUAAUCCUCUCUAUGUUGAAGUUCUGUCUUUUAAACUGUGUUGCUGAAUAGGCCUGAUACUGAAGAUAGAGGACAUUUUCAAGAUUGUCCCUGCAAUAUUUCUCAAACAGUUUAGUUUUAAAGUUUUAUUUCAGAGUUAAAUAACUUCUUACCUUUACAUGGGGAUUUACAUGGCUUCAUAUUUGGUAGCAGCAGGGCUGCAGGGGUGGCUUCUGUGAGAAGCUGCCAGAAGCUUCCUUCAUGUUUGGCAGAACUAAUCCCUGGUUCCUCCAAAGAUGGACAUGCUGCUGGCCAAGGCUGGGCCAACUAGAAAUGGUGAUAACAAAGUUAUUGUGCAUUUGUAAUUGUGGCCAGAGAAGAGCAGAGUGGGAACAUGUGAGAAGAACAACCCUGUGGACACUGAGGUCAGUGAAGAAGGAGGGGCAGAUGUUCCAAGUGCCGAGAUUCCCCUGCAGCCCAUGGUGAGACAGCCCUGCCCCUGCAGCCCAUGGGGAUCCCUGGGGAAUGCAGAGAUCCACCUGCAGCCCAUGGAGGAGCCCAUGCUGGAGCAGGUGGAGGCCUGGAGGAGGCUGUGACCCCGUGGGAGGCCCAUGGAGAGAGGGGCCCUGCUCCAAGGCUGGAGCAGCCUGUCCUUGGAGGACUGCACCCGUGGAAGAGUGACCACACUGCACCAGUUUGGGGAGGACUGUUGCCUGUGGGAUGGACCCCAUGGAGAGGUUCAUGGAGAUCUGUCUCCCACGGGGGAGGAGCCCACAGUACAGCAGGGGGAGGACUCCUCUCCCUGAGCAGUGGGAGAAGCCACGGGUCAUGAACCCCCAUUCCCUGUCUCCCUGUGCCACUGGGGGAGGAGGUAGAACUGGGAAGGAGGGAGGGGUGAGGGGAAGGUGUUUUUAAGGGUUUAUUUUACUUCUCAUUGUCUUGCUCUAAUUUUGUUUAGUAAUAAAUGUAAUGAAUGUAUCUUAGUUGAGCUUGUUUUCCCCAUCAUGGUGUUUGGUGAGUGAUCUCUCCCACUCCUUACCUCAGCCCAUGAAUCCUUCAUUACAUUUUCUCUGCCCAGUCCAGCUGCAGAGGAGUGGGGGGCUUUGGUGCCUGUCUGGUGUGUGGCCAGCACCAACCCACUACAGUUCUGUGUCCAGUGCUGUCAGCAGUCAACAAUUUUCAGUUUUUAUUUACCAGAAAAUAAUUGAUGUUUGUGUAAUUUUGAUGUGUCACUGUCUUUAUUUAAAGUUAAUAUCCAAUCUCACAUCCUUGAAAAUACAAAGAAAACAGCAUACACAUUCAAUAACACUUGAUUACAUUGUUUUUUCUCUCCCUGCUUCAUCUCCAUUUAAGAUUUUCAUGAAAUCACAGUGCACAGCAGAAUGACUCAAGA